GGAUCUUUGCAGAUGGGGAUGGUGCGAGCACUUCCACUGCGGGACAGGGACACGACAGGGCGGUCCGCGAAGAGGAGGACACGGCGACAAGUGUGACUGAAACAGUCGCUGUCAAUUAAGUGGACUCACCGACACACGUCUAUAGAGCGAUGGCAGAUGUGGAAUUGGUGAAGAAGAUGCUAAGGGCGGUGCUCCAGCCCAGUAAGAGUGGCGUGUCACUGUCCCGCCUGCAGGUAGAGUAUAAAGACCUGACGGGUGAGGUCAUACCCUACAAACAGUUGGGUUAUGCCACGCUGGAUGCCCUCCUGAACAGCAUUCCCUCAGUCGUGAGACUGGAUAAAGGACAGGCUGGAGAGGUGGUAUGCCAUGCUACUGCAGGAAAUGAGAUGGCCCACAUUACUAAGCUUGCGGCCCGUCAGCGCACAGCAAAGAAAACUGGCCAGCCUCAAGUGGUGAACUGUCAAAUGAGAGUGAAACCUGCUGCUCCUCUGGUGCUGAAUGAGGAGAGAGAGAGAGAGAGGGAGCAAUGGGGACAAGGAGAGAGAGAGGGAUGUCUGGAGACUGCAGCCUUGUGUAGAGCCAAGCCAAGGACGUCUUUGAGACAGCCUGAUCAUCGGGGACGUCUGGGGCGAGGUGGAUGUCGUGGAGGGGGUCAUGGAGACACUCGCACUGGAAGCAUGAGGGACUCCCAGCCUGAUGGGAGAGGUGGCAAGCCCCACAGUACACCCCCAAACACACCCACAAGAAAACCUUCCAUUCCUACCGAAAGAUCAGACAAAAGGAUGACCCUUCCCUCCAGAUUCCAGAAAGAAGUCCAUGCCCACCUUUCCAGAAACCCACAGCAGAGCAAUGCCUCUCCUAACCUGAAUGAAAACUCAACUCCAGCAAAACCUAGACUGCUUCAUUCUGCGCUGUACAGUCCCAAGCUGGUGCAGUCCCGUCUUAAAGACAUUCUUAACAAGCACAGCAAUGGCCUUUGGGUCUCCAAGCUGCCUCAGCUGUACCGGGAUCACUACAAACAAGAGCUAGACAGUGAAGCCCUUAAAGACCUGGAACACUGGACUCACAUCUGCACUGUUGAGAAACCAUGCAGCAGCAAACCUCAAGAGUUGCUACUGUACCCUGCUAAAGAAAUUCACCAGAGUACUACCCCACCCAGAGCUGCUACACCCCCCACACAUGACAAAUACCAGUCCCUUCCGAAAAAACCUCAGAUUCAAAGAUCAUCUGCCACCUCCAGGCCAAGCACUCUGGCGUCCUCCAAGGCUCUAUCCCCAGACCUCAAGCAGAAUCUUAGAGAGCUGCUCUUGAAAUACAGCAGUGGUCUUUGGGCACACGCCCUGCCCAAACUCUACCAGGACACAUAUAAAUGCAAGCUACCAGAGUUUGUGCUGGACCACCUCACCCUGCUGUCAGAUAUAUGUACAAUCGACUACCCCAUGCCAGACAACCCCAAAAGAGCGAUCCUGUAUGCUAAAAUGAUGGAGGAUGAGAAUUGUAACCGGUCCGGAUUAGAUUCACAGACAACAGAGCAGUGUUCGAGCAACCAGACUGUGCCCCCUCUUGUCAUCCCUAGAGAGGAGUACCCUUCUGUUUUGGUGGUGGAAGCAAAUGACACUAAUAGUGUCAUUCUGAGAUACAUUGGUGAAGGUUACUCCAAAGCACAAGAGAAGUUGGAGGAUGAAAUGAGAGUGUUCUAUAGACAGGACAACACCAAGCUGGCUCUGACCUCACCCUCACCAGGUCAGCUUACUGCUGUACAUGCUGAGGAAGAGGAGGAGAUCCUGCGGGCAAAAGUGUGUGAGGUCAUGCCUGACAAAGUCAAGGUUUACUAUGUGGAUCAUGGCUUUUCUGAAGUCAUCAGCAAAAGCAAACUGCUAGAGCUGCAUGAGAAGUUUUUCAAAUUGCCUUUCCAAGCCACCAAAUGUAAACUAGCUGGCCUGGAGUCUUUCAGUCAUGAACAGGCAGUGCUGAAGUGGUUUGAGUCCAUGGCCAGUGGCAAAAUCCUAUUGGCUGAGAUCUUAGAGCGUGAGGAAGUGCCUCUGGUGGUGCUUUAUGACACAUCACAAGAUGAUGAUAUCAACAUCAAUGCAUCCUGUAUGAAAGCUUUGCAAGACAAAUCCUUAGAGAGUACACUAAAGGUGAACAGCGCCUAUAUGAAUGUGAGUGUGACCAGUGUUUGCUCAGAUGGGACGAUCUAUUGUCAGGUGCCUUCCAGAGGUCUGGCUAAACUCAACGAAAUUCUGGAGAAGACUGAAAACUAUUUCCAUUCCCAGGUCACAUCAGAGUCGCUGGUUUCCCGGCCAUUCUGUGGCAAAAGCUGUUUGGCUCGUUAUAAAGGCAAAUGGUCCCGGGUGGAGAUAACAAACCUGCAUGGCAGCCGUGUGUUGGACAUCUUGUUUGUGGAUGUGGGUGUCCAGGCAUCGGUCGAGGUCAUCGAGUUGAGAGAGAUCCCACCGCCUUUGCUACGUGACCUCAUAUCCACCCCGCCCCAGGCACUGAAGUGUUGUUUGGCAGAUCUGCCUGUGAGUGUCGGCUCAUGGACUCCUGAUGCAGUACAGUGGCUGAGAGACACAGUUUUCCACUGCAGUGACUGCAGCUUGAAGAUCGCCAAGGUGGAUGAGACCAAACGGCUAGCUCAUGUUUACCUCUUCACAAGCAAGAACUUCCAUGACACAAGCUGCAGCUUGAACCAACAGCUGGCCAACUCUGAUCUGUGGAACCACCAGAAGGAUGUUUUCUUAGGCAGCAGAGGAUCUUCAAAAUCCUUGACAAUCCCCGCCACCAUCCCGACAUCCAGCCUCAACACUGAUGGAAGUUACAGAGCUCCACACACACCCAAGAGGAAAUCAUCUUCAACUGGAAGCCAGAGCACAUCUCCAAGCUGUCCACCUGAACACCUGGUUCUUCCACCACUGCUGGAGUUGCCUGAAGUUGGACAGAAUAUGGACGUAUUUGUUUCAGUGGCAUGCCAUCCUGGGCACUUUGUGCUACAGCCGUGGCAGGAUAUGUACAAAUUGGUGGUUUUGAUGGGGGAGAUGAUUCUUUAUUAUAAUAAGAUAGAGGAAAAGACAUUUAAAGCAGAGAAGAACCAGGUCUGUGCUGCCAAGGUGGAAAACAAUUGGUACCGCGUUCUGGUGAAAGGAGUCCUGUCUAAUGGUAUGGUGUCAGUGUUUCAGCUGGACUAUGGUAAACAUGAGCUGGUAAACUGCACCCAGCUCAGGCCCCUCAUCCAGGAGUUCUGCCAACUCCCCUUCCAGGCCAUCACUGCUCAACUGGCUGGUUUGAAGCCCAGGCAGUGGUCUGAGGAAGCCUCCAUUGUGUUCAGGAAUCACGUUGAGAAGAAGCCUCUGGUGGCCCAGAUAGAAUCCGUGCAGGAGGCAUCACAGCCCUGGGGCCGCAAGGUUUUUAUCUACCUGGUGGACACUUCACAAGAGGAAAGAGACAUUUGGCUGCAUGACAUCAUGGCUGAAUUAACAGAUGAGCUCACUAAUGCAGCAUAGAAACCUCUUAUAGCUGUUAGAGUUGAAAUGUGAAAAUAGAUUGAAAUUUUCUUAUGGCAGCGAUCAUUAGUUCUAUCCUGGGAUGCUAUAGAUUACUUUGCCAAACGUGACUUGGAUGCAGAUCUGUGUAAGAAAAUGUGAACUGUAGAGUUUAAACUUUAAGCCAGUUGUAUUGCAAUUUAUAGGAACUUUUUUGCUGCCUGACUUUGCUGCUUGGUUGGCAAAAGCUGUACAGAUCAAAUGUCAUUGAAGCCAAGCUUUCAUCUUACAUGGGACCUACAGCAAAGUUAAUCAUCAAAAAUGCAGCUAUACAAAUCCCUGAAGCUAUAUAACAUAUUACAAAUUAUAUGUAGUUAUUAUAACUGUUUCAAUAGAUUAUAUACACUUGACUGUCCGGGCUUUAUUUUGAAAGUCAGUACUAUGCGAUGCAUGCUUCAUGCUUCUAGUAUAGCAAGUUCCAAAAAAAAAAAGUUUUCAGUUUACUAAUACACUAUAUGGUACAAAAAAGACUUGACAGCAAUGCACAAUCUGCUCUAACUUGCACCAAGCUGAUAGUUUGUCAUUUCAAAAAUGGUUUACAUAAACCCUUUUUUGUAGUAUAAGGAUCUAAAAUGUUGUGUACAAGGCAAGAGGAACAUUUCCUCUGUGAAUAUGGCAGACUUAUGUAUUUGGACUUAAUUUAUUACUAAUUAACUACUAAUAGAAUACUGGAGGCAUGUUUGGGGUUUGCUAAAAUGUGACCAUCAAAUGUGUUUAUUUUCAUAGGAAAGGCAUAGCAAAUGAUUGAGUUUUAUUACCAAAAUAUGACAUUAUUCAAUUAAGACUUGAAAACAUUGUUGAUGUAGGAUUUGACCUGUGUUUAACUACAGAUGUGAAAUAUUUUAGAAAUAAAAAGGAGAGAAAUCACUUGUAGUAGCCUUAUUUUUAAAUAUGAGAAAUAUAUGUAAUUUUCUUUAAAGUUAAAACUGACAUGUGUAAUUUCUGCAUGCAUAAAGAUUGUUUUCAAACAGCUGUUCGAAUCCACCCUGUUUUCUGUUAAUUGAGUUAUUUGCUAUUAAUUGAGUUGAUAUUGUUGUGAUAGCAAACUCACAGGAAUUUUUAUAGCACCACAGAAAAAC